AGGUAUUAAUGGUAUCUUGGCCGAUGAGAUGGGGCUGGGCAAGACGGUCCAGACCAUUGCACUGAUGUCGUACUUAGCAGACUAUCACCAGAUAUGGGGACCGUUUAUGAUUGUUGCGCCUCUCUCCACAGUCCACAACUGGCAGCAGGAGCUGGUCAAGUUCAAUCCCAGCUUGAAGGUGCUGCCGUAUUGGGGCAAUCUCGCGCAACGCAAGAUCAUCAGAAAGCAAUGGACGCACAAACAGGUCCACAACAAAGAUGCAACUUUUCACGUGCUGAUUACAAGCUACAACAUGGUAGUCUCGGAUGCGGUCUACUUCAAUCGCUUGAAGUGGCAGUACAUGGUACUAGACGAAGCGCAGGCCAUCAAGUCAAGUAGCAGUAUGCGCUGGAAAAUUCUAUUGGAUAUGAACUGUCGCAACCGUCUGCUUCUAACUGGUACCCCUAUCCAGAAUUCCAUGGCUGAGCUGUGGGCGCUUCUACAUUUCAUCAUGCCCUCCCUCUUCGACUCCCACGACGAAUUCAACGAGUGGUUCAGUAAAGACAUCGAGAACGCGUCGCAGACACAGGGAGGUAAACUGGACCAGACACAGCUCAAGCGCCUGCACAUGAUCCUCAAGCCCUUCAUGUUGAGACGGCUGAAACGGGAUGUGCAGCACGAAUUGGGCGAGAAGAUUGAGAUCGAGAUAGACUGUACACUAACGGCCCGGCAGCGUAGAUUAUACGCGGGUUUGAAGCAGAAAGUCAACAUAGAAGAUCUGCUGCUGGCGUCAUCCGAAGCAUCGGCAUCGCGCAGCACUACAGAGCAGAUGAGCAAACACCUCAUGAAUCUGGUUAUGCAGUUCCGUAAGGUCUGCAAUCAUCCAAAUCUGUUUGAGAGGCGGAAUAUGGAGAGUUCAUACCGGUUCCGGCGAGUGCCCAACUUACCGUACACACACGACGAAACCAAGACAACAGUGGGUAGACGCCACUUUGAGCUCGACAGUGAGACCUCUGACAACAACAAUCCCAUCGACUUUGCGUUGCCAAGGUUACUUUUUGAGGAUCCCGUUUCCAUAGCAACAACCGGUGUCUCCGAGAAAGAAACGUUCAUUCUCAAGCACUUCGACGUGCGCACACCGCGGAACAUCAACACCUCUGCGCCUCUUGCUGCACUGCGGUGUCUUACUGGCCUGUCGGCCGCUGAGCUGUCCCAUGAUCUGCAAGGGGGACUGGUGCAAAAGGCCCUGUUCUCAAUUCAGGACACUCGUGCACGUGGCCAGCCCGUUGUCACCUUCGGCGACUCAGACGCUCAAACACGGUUGUCAGGGCGAGCGUGUGGCUGGAGAGUGUACACUCCGCAGGAGACACUCAUGUGGCUGAAGAGCGGUGCGCCCGUAAGUCGAGAUAUAGCUUUGGGUGAGUUGCAGGUUGGGUCAGGGUUUGAUUUGUCAAAGGUCUCAUCGCGCGCAAUAGAGCGCCGUUCGUGGCCGUACGCACAAUUCAACCGCAUUCUCCCGCAAUCGAUUGCCGCCCCUUUAUAUCCCGAUGUCAAUUCACAGCGGUACCGCAAUAUGCUUCAGCGCCAAUGCUCGCCCAGCACUCCAUGGCAGGCCCAGGUGCUGUACGGCAACACAGGGGUGUCUCUACACUCCCUCGCACAACCGGCACACCACGCACGCACACAUACGUACACCCCCCCCCACGCGCACACACACACGCCCGGACUACCCCCUACUUACCACACAUACACGAGCGAGGCUACCCAGAGUUUGUCCCUGGAUGACCCGUAUACAUAUGCACCCGUUGCUGCGUCAUGUGAGGUGGAGAUUGCGGCGAAUGGACUGCUGGGUGUCAGCCGGCCGAGCUGUGGUUGGGAUUAUGUGCUCGCACCAGAUAAGUCGGCUAUCAUCCUGGAGAGUGACAAAAUGAAGGCCCUGGAUAGGUUGCUUGUGGAGUUAAGAGCCAAUGACCACCGAGUAUUGAUCUACUCACAGAUGACCAAAAUGAUCGACAUUCUCGAAGAGUACAUGCAGCUCAAGCGCAUCAAGUAUAUGCGACUGGACGGAAGCAGCAAGGUGGAGGACAGAAGAGAUAUGGUGGCUGACUUCCAGACGAAUACGGACACGUUCUGUUUCCUGCUGAGUACGCGCGCGGGUGGGCUGGGUAUCAAUCUGACAGCGGCAGAUACUGUCAUCUUCUACGACUCAGACUGGAACCCUACUGUGGACCAACAGGCUAUGGACCGAGCCCAUAGAGUGGGGCAGACGCGACAGGUAACGGUCUACCGGUUGGUCACCAAAGGCACCAUCGAGGAGCGUAUCCUGGCACGCGCCAAACAGAAGUCCUCUAUCCAGAACAUGGUCAUUUCAGGGGGCAAAGCCGCGGAAAAUAAGGUCAUUAAUACUGCCGAGCCCAUGAGCAACGAGGUGAUGGGUCUAUUGAUUGAAGACAAAGCCUUAGAGGAGAAGUGGCGCCGCAAAAACGAGGCCAAAAAAGUUGCAGAGAAACAGGCGAAGGAACGCGAACGCCAACGUAAGAAGCAGAAGCGCUUGGAUGAUCAGAUUGCUCGACGAGAGGCCGCCGCCACACUCCGCAAACUAAACCGGGAACAGAGAGCUGCUUCUAAGCAAACUACUCGCAAGAGAAAGCCCAAGGCGACUACUCCUGGAGGCACCACCCCGAAAGCACCGGUAGGUAAGGAUGAUGUAUCAGCCAAUGAGAAGGGUGCUGAGCCUUCAGACAGUGAGAAGGGGCCCAUAACCACAACACCUACUGUGGCCAUAGACCCGCCAACGGAGAGCAAUGCAAAGAUAAUGGCGCCCACUAGCACUGAUGUGAUGGAAGUGGACUGAUCAAUUAUCUCUGCUCAAACUUAGCAGACAAUAAAAGGAACUGUAGAA